AUGCUUCGAACCAAGCAAGAUUCUUCAUUUUCUACACAACAGCCAGAACAACAAUAUGUGCCGUUGAAACAAGUGAGCAUCGAAGCAUGCAUUAAAUCUUUUGCUGCCGAUGUGACUAUCAAACAAAUUUUUUGCAAUGAUGACACGAUACCAAUUGAAGCAGCGUACUGUUUUCCGAUAGAAGAACAAGCAGCAAUCUAUUCAUUUAUUGCUCGGAUUGAUGAUCGAGAAAUUGUUGCACAAUUGAAAGAAAAAAAGGAAGCACAAAAAGAAUAUAGUGAUGCACUUCAACAAGAACAUGGUGCAUAUUUACUUGAACAAGAUGAAAAAUCUCAAGAUAAUUUCAUUAUCAAUGCCGGUGCACUACCACCCGGUAAAGAAUGUCACAUCUCUAUAUCGUAUGUCUCCGAACUAGAUCUUAUUCAAGAUGGAAGUCGAAUUCGAUUUGUUGUUCCAACAACUAUCGCACCUCGAUACAAUCCAACCAAAGGUAGUAUUAGUUUACCAGCUGGUACCACAUCCAAAUACGUUCAAACAGCACCAUAUACAAUUGAAUUUCAUUGUCGGGUCGAUAAAGUCAACGUCUCUCACGUUAAUUCGACAUCCCAUCCUAUUCAAGUUGAAGUCGACCAAGAGCAUGUCUUUGUCAUCGAGUUUGUUCAACAAAACACACAUCUAGAUCGAGAUAUCUUGUUAGAUAUUGAAUUAGCCAGAAAUCAUUCAAAUACCAUUGUUGCGGUGGAGCCAGAGACGACAAAUGAAUUUAUUUUUAUUAUCGACUGCAGUGGAUCGAUGAGAGAUAAAAACGAGAUUGGAUUGGCACGUGAAGCUAUGUUACUCUUUCUCAAAAGUCUUCCGAUGAAUUGCCAUUUCAAUAUCAUCCGAUUUGGAUCAACUCAUCAGGCAUUAUUUCAUGAGAUAACUGCUAUUUGCAAUGAAAAAAAUGCUCAACAAGCUGAACAGCUCACUAAUCAGUUGCAGGCGGAUUUGGGUGGCACUGAAUUGUUAAAACCGCUUCAAUGGGUGGAACAGCAUUCUCCGGGAGAAAGUCGUGCGCGACAAAUAUUCCUAUUGACCGAUGGAGAAAUUUCAAACGUAAACGAAGUACUCGAUCUAUGUCGUUCAAUGGCUACUUCCACACGUAUCUUUUCAUUCGGUUUGGGUCAUUCGCCAAGUCGUUCACUUGUCAAAGGUCUUGCUCGAGCAACAAAUGGACGUUUCAUUUUUAUUCCACCUAACAGUAGUGUUGAUAUUCAUAUUGGUGAACAGUUACAAAAAGCUCUGCAAUUGUCUAUAACUAAUAUACAAGUGAAAUGGAAUCUCGGUACUACUGUUAUGAAUGCACCAAUAAAAAUACCACCAGUUUAUGCUAAUGAUCGUUUGAUCUCCUAUGCACUUGCCAAUGAUCCAACGUUUGUCUUCGGUCACACUUCCAGUGUCGAAUUAUGUAAUGAUAAAUGUCGAUUGGGUGAGACGAAAAUUAAUUGCAUACCGAAUGUGAGCAUGAAUGGAACCAUUGCUCGACUCGCUGCCAAAGCACUCAUUCUCGAAUUGCAACAUUCGAAAUUACCUUUAUCGAUCAAAAAGAACAAUUCAGGUUCACUACAAAGUCGAUUACAAGAAGAUAAGCCUUCGGCAACACCAUCAGUGACAAUCGACGAGAAAGAAAUGACCAAGAAAUCUAUUAUUGAACUUUCACUCAAAUAUCAGAUUCUGAGUCCAUACACAGCUUUUAUCGGUGUUGAAAAAAGAGUGAAUGGCAGCAAUACCGAUAUGGUCUCGCGUGAAGUACCGAUUCAAAUAUCGACCGAUGACCAACACUUACAGACACCUCAUUUCAUGAGACUCUGUGCUAGCAGGAGGCCAUCUCAUCCGAUGUCGCUUCAAGCAAUGUCAGCGCCAAAAGGGAAGCGGUCUAUAGCGACUUGUUCCCGUCAAAUUGUUGAGACGACGUGUCACGCUUCUUCAUCAAUCCCUCGAGUAAAUUUAUUUUCAGAAUGUGCUGAUGAAAAACGUGAAAGUCUUGAUCUCAAUCUAGACUAUAGCAAUUCAUUGUCGAGUCCUGGUAGUAGUAUUCUUUCUAGCAUGACUUCAAGUCUGCAGGGUUUCUUUCAUAAAGGAAAAGACGAAGCAUGGCCUACAGGCGAUCAAAAUAUUGUUCGGUAUUUGAUCAACAAACAAAAAUUUGAUGGUUUAUGGGAUUUGGAUGCAAAAGAUAUAGAACAAUUGACUGGAAAACCAUUGACCAGGUUUACACCAUCUGACAAUAAACAAAUUCUCAUUUCGGCUAUUGUUAUUGUUGCAUUUGAAAUUCGUUUUGCCGCACUGUCGACAAUGUGGCAUGGUGUAGUACAAAAAGCUCGCAAACGUCUUCUCGAUUUACUUGGCAAAGACGCUAAACGACUUGAAUCGUUACUAGAGAACAUUCGUCAGCAGUUGUAA